CAAAAUUAAAAAAACUCGAUGAAUUUAACAAAAGUUUCAUUUUUUGAUGAUCCUUAAUAAAAUUUAUGGAUAAAAGAAGUAAUUUAAGCCUAAGAUCCAAUAAUAAGUGGAAAUCUGAUAAAGAAUUCAAAAUAAGGAAAAAAAAAAGAGAGCAACUACUUUAUAUAAGAUGGAAAAUUAGCUUGCAAAUAGAAAUAUAUAGAUCUGCAAAAUGUGACUCUGGAGAGGUUAAAAAAUAUAGGUUUUAAAUUGACAAAGAAUCGGAAGUCAGUUGAGUUGCUAAGUCAUAAUGAAUAAGCAUUGGAAAUGUGGUAUAAUUAGCUCAGAUAGUUUUGUGUUCAGAGAGGGUUCAAUAAUGUAUAUUCUAUAAAUAAAUUGAUUGGGAAAGGUAAUUUUGCAAAGGUAAUGUAUAAUUGAUUAAGUUAAGGUUUAUAGUGCCUUAAAAAAGAGUGAUCAGUUGGUUUAUGCUGUAAAGGCCUUUGACAAACUAAAAUUUUAAGAUAUUCGGAUUGAUAAGGUAAAUUAUAGAUUAAAGAUUAUAUAGCCUGCUUUGAUAAAGGAAUUAUCAAUAAUGAGAAAAAUGGAUUUUGUGGGCGUAAUAAAAUUAUAUGAAGUAUUUGAGAAUGAUAAUUACAUAUUUGUGGUUUGUGAAUUUUUAGAAGGAGGAGAAUUGUUUAAUUAAAUGAAAGGAAAGGCAUAUGCUGAGAAAACAGUAGCAAUAAUAAUGUAUAGAAUAUUGUAAUCAAUUGAUUACAUUCAUUCUUUAGGGAUUCUUCAUAGAGACAUAAAAGUAAGGAAAAGUAAUUAUGAUUUAGCCAGAGAACUUAAUUCUUAGAUCAAAAAGAGAGAUGUCUGAUGUUGUAAUAGCAGAUUUUGGAUUAGCUGAUUAUUAUAAUAGUGAUGGAGAAUAUAUGUUUAAACGUUGUGGAACACCUGGUUAUGUGGCACCAGAAUUACUUCAAGAUAAAAUUUAUGAUUACAAAAUUGAUAUGUUUAGUGCAGGAGUAUUGAUGUUCAUUAUGUUGAGUGGACAAUCUCCAUUUAAAGCCAGAUCAUAUGAUGAAAUUGUGAUGAAAAAUUAUCAUUGUUAGAUAGAAUUCAACUUAAUUAAAAAUUAAGCUUUAAGUGAAGAAGCUGUUCAUCUCUUAACUUCAUUACUUGAAAAGAAUCCAGAUUUAAGAAUAAGUUCUGAAUUAGCUAUUUAACAUCCAUGGUUUUAGAAGCAAGCGGAUUAUAAAUUAUUCCUGUAUUAUACAUCAUUAAAUUAGUGCGGAUUCAUACCCAAGACAUAAAAAGAAUUCUUAUUUAUAUGCUAAAACUCCUUUGAUGGGAUAGGAGUUGAAUUAAUCUCUUACUUCUACUCCUUUAAGUGUAACAUCAUAAAUAAGGAGCAAAUCUGAUACUACAGAUAAUUCAAAAGAAUAAUAAUAAAAUUCAUCUACUUCAAGAUAAUAGAGUUAAUCAUUAAAAGUUUAAAAUUAGGAAUGCAUUUUUGAAGAAAAUGAUUACAAUAUUAAUGAAGAAGGUGAUAUUCCUCAUAGUAAUUAAAUUAAAAUGUAUCAAAUCUAACCUAAAUUAAAAAAAAGUAUGUAUCUAAAUUAAUAAUAUUAGAUUAAGAGGAAUAAUAUUAAAAAUCAAAUAUUGGAAGUGUUAAUCAUAAAGGGUCACUCUAAUUUAAAGUUUGA